AUGCAUAAUUCAACAGCUCCACUCUCGGCCCGCCUCUUUCCUAGGGGUGGGAGUUCGCUGCAAACUUUGUUUAUGGGACAGUCCGGGAGCCUUGGCCGCUGCGCUCGUCUGCGUCGUCGUCUCCUCCUCCUCCUCCUCCUCCGCCGCCGCCGCCGCAGCCUCCUCCUCGCACAGUGCGAGCGCCCGGGGCCAGCUCCGGGGAUAAAGAUGAAUCCGUCCUCGGUGCCCUCGGGGCUCCCGCCGCCAGGGCAGCAAGUCAUCCACGUCACGCAGGACCUCGACACGGACCUCGAAGCCCUCUUCAACUCGGUCAUGAACCCCAAGCCCAGCUCCUGGCGGAAAAAGAUCCUGCCGGAGUCCUUCUUCAAGGAGCCCGACUCUGGCUCGCACUCGCGCCAGUCCAGCACCGACUCGUCGGGCGGCCACCCCGGGCCUCGGCUGGCAGGCGGCGCGCAGCACGUCCGCUCGCACUCGUCGCCCGCAUCCCUGCAGCUGGGCACCGGUGCGGGCGCCGCCGGGGGCCCCGCGCAGCAGCACGCGCACCUCCGCCAGCAGUCCUACGACGUGACCGACGAGCUGCCGCUGCCCCCCGGGUGGGAGAUGACCUUCACGGCCACCGGGCAGAGAUACUUCCUCAAUCACAUAGAAAAAAUCACCACAUGGCAAGACCCCAGGAAGGCGAUGAGUCAGCCCCUGAGUCAUGUGAACCUCCACCCGGCCGUCACCUCUGCAUCGGUACCCCAAAGGUCCAUGGCGGUGUCCCAGCCCAAUCUUGUGAUGAAUCACCAACACCAGCAGCAAGUCGUGCCCAGUAACCUGAGUCCGCAGAGCCACCCAACUCCGAACCCGCCCACGGGGCUCAUGAGUGUGCCCAACGCCCUGACCACUCAGCAGCAGCAGCAGCAGAAGCUGCGGCUGCAGAGGAUCCAGAUGGAGAGAGAGAGGAUCCGGAUGCGUCAAGAGGAGCUCAUGAGGCAGGAAGCUGCCCUCUGCCGACAGCUCCCCAUGGAAGAGACCAUGGCCUCUGUCAACCCGCCUGCCAUGACCACGGAUAUGAGGUCCAUCACCAAUAAUAGUUCAGAUCCAUUCCUCAAUGGAGGGCCCUAUCAUUCAAGGGAGCAGAGCACGGACAGCGGCCUGGGUUUGGGGUGCUACAGUGUCCCCACAACCCCAGAAGACUUCCUCAGCAACAUGGACGAGAUGGACACAGGGGAAAACGCUGGUCAGACCCCCAUGGCCGUCAAUCCCCAGCAGACCCGCUUCCCUGAUUUCCUCGACUGCCUUCCGGGAACCAACGUUGACCUAGGGACUUUGGAGUCUGAAGACCUGAUCCCUCUCUUCAAUGAUGUAGAGUCUGCUCUGAACAAAAGCGAGCCCUUUCUCACCUGGCUGUAAUCACUAUCAUCGUACCAUGAUGCAGCCAUGACAUUUCCUGGGCCCGCGGAACAAGAGACGAGGGAAGCGUGGGCCUCCGUACUCACACUCCUCCUUGUCCACGCGGCCAGCUAAUCAUUGCCUGGUUUUGAUUCAUAAGAACAUUAAGUUACACGUAAAUAAAUACUCUCUUUCCAUUUUCUGCAAGCCUGCAUUUCUGUGACAGAUAAUGCAGAAUUGAUUAUGCAGAAAUAACUUCUUUAAAAGAAAAAAAUCCCUGCUACCCUAUGGCUGAGCUUUGUAGGAAUUAGCUGAAAUUCGUAUACCAAUUGAUUCUAAGCCAUAAAAGCUGACCACAGGCAGUGAAUUCUGACAGGCAGCUCGGUCCAGGAAAUGUGCACAAAGACCUGAUUUACAGUUUCAAAAACUGUACUGGUAACCAUAGUAACAAAUGCUUUAAAACUUAUUUAACUUGAUCUUUAAAAAAAAAACAAAUCAUUGUAUAGAUAGUAAAUUUCUGCUGCGCGGAACGCAGUGUGGUUUGGAAUCCAUGCUGGCUCUGAUGUCUGUUCUCGCUCUGUAUUUACAAGGGCGUGGAGUCCUAAUGUUACCACUCUUCGUCAUCUUACUGCAGAACACCCAGCAGCUCACUCAGCUCUGCAUGCAGAAGGGUCACUGCCGCGUUUGUAACAGGUCUUGCAUGACAGAUGGUGUGAAAGAGACCAGCUUGGUACUAAUAUGAACAGUUAGGAAACAAAACUAUUUUUAAUUGCAACUUGUGUUUUUGCAAAACACAGCUUAGAAUUUGAUGUCUGUUUUAUGAAACACUGUAAUUUUGUGGCUUAUGACAAUGGGCAGCCAAAUGUUUUUGAUAAAUCAGUGGCAAAUAUGUAUAUUUUUAUCUUUUGACUUGUUCUGAAACCAUGAGGCCAACAGACAUCUCAUCCCGAUGACACGCAAAUUAACUGUUGCAUUUUAUAUUCUGAGGUAUUAUCUGGUCUGCUUUCGAGAUUCCAAGUGCUUAAAGUAAUUCUGUCUAUAGAACUGUUUGAAGAGCGUGGCAGAUCUCCUGACUACAAAUACAGAAAGGCCCCGUCACGGAAUAUCGUAUAGAUCUGUGCUUCUGAGCUGAGUAAAAUUGAUUGCUAAGUAUGUUAUCCUAGUCCUUUCGCUAAGUUGGGUACAAAAGGCAUGUACUCAGUACCUCUUAUGUAAGCAACUGUUUUUUGUUAGCUCUUAAGGACUGAGAGCAGCAUGCUCAUUUAGCAGGCAGCCUGUCUGCACUAGCAAUGAAGUCCUUAGCUGUUUAUUAUAGUGAACUGACAUUAUUUAUAAUCUAUGAAUUUAAUCUCUUUUUUAUUUUUUAUUUUGAAAGACAUCAAGAAUCUGGGAGGAAAGUUUCAGUUUCCAGCAGGGUGAGGGCUUUUUUUGGUUGAGGAUCUUCAAUGAGAUCCCCUUUGGUCCAUUGGAAUAUAAAUGCACAGAGUACAUUUGGUCUUGGUGGGAAGAGGCAAGUGGAAGGUCAGAGACGAUGCUGUGGAACGUGGCGUACAGGCCAGUCGAUGGGAAAUGAACCAGACAUGUCAGAACCCCUCAAAAGUGAGGCAAGCAGAUGGGCGAGAAGUGCCCCAAAGAACAAAGCAACAAUUUUCUCUCACGGCCUUCGUACCGAAAGACCCUGCUGCCCGAGAGAAGAGGGUUGGGUUGGGUGCACUUUACUGGGGUGGGGAGGAGGAGGAGGGAGGGACAGGGCUGAGGCUCUCUGGAGCUCUGCCUAUGUACUUGUUGGAAGUGUCAACCGACAAGAACGUGGGCCACUGUUGCUUGCAGCUCUCUUAAGUGGUUUCUCUUUUCCUGAAAGAACCCAAUUAAUGUCCAGUUAAUUCCUUGCUUCCUCUGAGCACCCAGAGGCGAGCGGGGAUUUACAUUGCUACUAGGUUGAAAGGGAGCACUCUUUCGUUUUCUCUUUUGUUAGCAAAAAUUGCAAAAAGAGUUGCACAUUCUUUCUGAGGAAAAUCAAAAACAAACCAAAACACAAGGGACCUAACAAAACUCAGCAGUGUUACUGUAUUUAAAAAUAUUUUUAUACAUGCAUUUCAGUUUAUUAAAUGUAAAAAAAAAAGAUACUCCUUUUUUUUAAGUAGUUAAAUCAUUGAUGAUUUAUUUUACCAGGUUUUAGAAGCAAUUUUCUAAUAAGCUUGUGGCAUUAUGAAAUAUUAGGAUAAUUUUUUAGUAAAUUAGUUUAGAUCUUUUUAAUGAAUAUUGUAUUUUUCUAGAAUAAAAUAUGGCCCCUGACUGUUUACUAAUAGAUAAAGCCAGAUGUAAUUUCUCUUGUCUUUAAGGCCAUAAAAUGUGGCUUUUGUUAAAAGAGAGCUAAAGCUAGACAUCAGAAUCAGACCUUUUUUGUCUAGUUCUGAUUGAACCCAAGACUUCACGUGUGUUAGUUAGGCAGAUGCUCUCCCCUGGAGCUACAUGCCAGCCCUAGAGCAAUUUCUCAGUGGUUCUAUUAUAGUAUUACUGUAAGUAUUAAUACUCUCUAAGAAUUCAUAGUAAGGUGCUACUCAUAUAGUAUCUCGUACAAUAAGACAACUGUUGACUAGUCUUCUUAGUCCUAAAUCAAUAACAUUUACCAUAUCAUCUCCAAAUUUUGUCAUAGAAUAGGCAACUUUAAAAAAAAAGUUUUUCCUCCCCAAGAAAAUACACCUUAUCGAAACAUUUACACAGUGAAAACUUUGUGUCAUCUUGUUAACAUUGGGUGAUCUCUUGGGCAGUGUCUCACUGUAGUAUCUAGAAUGUAUGAUGUGUUUCUUUCAAUGAUUUCCCAGUGUGUGAGAAGCAUAAAAACAGAACAAGCCAUAGCCUUCUGGGUACUGCUCAGCAGAAAGGAACUUGCAGAAGGUGACUUGAAGUGAUGGGCGUAUCACUGAGUGCUACGUUCUUACCAUGUAACUAGAAGCAACUUACGAGAAAGGACAACUUUUGGGAAGAAAAUGAAAAAAAAAAGCCAUUCCAAAAAAAAGGAAACUAUAGAUUAAUUUAAUUGGGAAAAUGGGUGAUUGACAGAGACCAUUUCCCUGACACUAUUAUACACAUGCUAAUACUUUAACUUAAUUUUUUAAACACCUACAUUUUAUCAAAUGAGACCUGUGUUGUUGAUUUCUAAUCCAGUAUGUUCUGCAUACAGGAAAUAUACGGUCAAAUCCAUCAAAUCAAACCAUUUUACCUGGAGUUUGGUUACAGGUUUUAAUUCUCCAUUCUGUAUAAAAAAAAUAAAUACACGAUUGAACUUC